AUGAAUGGUAAUGACAGACGACAGGGCAGCAAAUUUGACCUUGGUAAUCCUGCAAAGGAUGCGUUCGUUCGCCAAUUCAUGCGGGGCCUCAAGAAACAAAAGAACAAGGAAUUUACGCAGCACCAAGCUACGCCUAUUUCUUUGGAUAUGCUCCGUGUGAUUCACUUUCACUUGACACACACGUCAGGAUUCACAGAGGCAAGUCGUUUGUGGUUUUUGGCGGUAUCUGCUUACGCAUUCUAUGGAAUGUGUCGAAUCAACGAGGUGCUAAGUUUGCAGUGGAAGAAUAUCACCCUGGACCUGGCUCGUCCAAGUGCGUCUGAUCCGACUUCGACAAUUGGCUACGGUGUCUACAAACUGAAAGGGAGAAAGACGGAGGUCGCUGAAGACGGACCACAAGAUAACGACUACGUUUUCCCAGCAUUGUCCAAAAUUGCGAAGAGUGCUAUCAAGACUGAUGACCCUCAUACAGGGUGCGAGAACGCACGUGUGGAAUGGAGCAAGAAAAUGUCUGAGCAGCCUUUCGUCACGCUAUCGAAUUGCGUCGUGAGAGAUCUCAACCGCAAUGAAACAUCUGUGCCCGGAUACGUUCGCCAACAAUGGCGUGACAUUUGGUUCACUUCACACACGUUUCGCCGCACUGGAGCACAGUAUCGAUUUAUAUUCGCACCGCCUGAGCGGAGGUGGUCGCUCCGAAUGGUGACAUGGUGGGCCGGAUGGACUCCAAAUGAAUCGGCAGAGACACUUGUGCGUUAUCUUCUUGAUCAAGCAGCAACCGAUGAGGACGCGCAACUAGCAGACUGUCUUGCACCAGAUCGUGGAGCACAUGUGGGCUGUCCUUCUACUUUUACAGGACGAAAACGGAACAUGGGGGGACAUGAUAGCCAACGAUCCUCAACCUCCUCAGCCGAUACAACGUCUCACUUCGAAAAACGUCUAAAAACUGUUGAGUGUUCGGUUAAAGCCCUUGAAGACAAGAUCGACUUACUCAUCUCGGUACUUCGGCCAUCAGAAAUCUCAACACCAUCUGCAGCAGCUUCACACAGCAGCAUCGACGAAUUGGAGCAGAUAUCUAUUCUGCCGGCAGCUAAAGACUGGCGGGCUUUGUAUCGAAUGUACUGGAAAGCUGACCCAGCUCGCCAUCUAUUCAAGCUGAUUUGUGAAUGGACACCACAGGAAAGAAAGUAA